CCUUUGUCUCGAAAUCGCACCAUGUCGAAUGAAUUUCAAAAAUACUUUACUCGAAGUUCGAUAGAUUGGAACAUUAUUGAUUUUUUGGAGGAAUGUAGCGAAGAACAAUUUCAAAAAAAGAUAGAUAAGUAUCUUAGAAGCCUCGAUACAAUCGUGGCUCGCGAACAAGGAAGGCGAAAAGAAAAAGCGAGGACCGCUCGCCUGAUUCAGCACUGGUCCCACUGGGGCACAAAUGACCCGCUCGGUUGUUUAUGUUUAAAGCCUUGGGAGCCUAGAUCUGACUAUGACUUAGCAAGAAGUUGGGAAAAGAAUAAAUCAGAUAAAACAAUCAAUAGUCAUUCAAUAGUUAUUCAAAAUUCAAUAUUAACAGAAGGCUGUUGCGGAAAUAACUUUAAUUGGUCCAACAGUGCUUCAAAACAAAUCCAGAAAAGGGACCAAGAAGAGGAUGACGAUUUUAAAGAGGGUGCUUCCAAAAAAGCUCGUCAAGACAAAAAUGAUGUCUUUAAUGAUGAUGGCGAAGAGGAUAAAGAUAUAAUUAUUUCCGAGGACGAAUAUGAUCUUCUUACACAAACCCCUCAUGAUACUACCGUUGAUUGCAAACUGAUUAUCAGCAAUAUAUGUAUCCGAUCAAAAAUAGAAGAAUGGCGAAAAAAGUCAAAAUACGUUGAAGAAUUACACAAGCAAGACUUAAUGCGUUAUAAUAUUCUAGACACAACAAAAUCAUCUGCGACGGAAGCACGAAAGCUCCUCAAAGAGCAUUGGGAUAAUAUUAUUGAAAGAAUAGAAGAAUUUUUAUCGUUUAGAUCCUAUAUUCCGAAUUACGCUUUCACUUCAUCUCAAGACACAGAACAAGAUGGACGGGCAGAAGAUGUUAAACAAUAUCUAAAAAAUUUAACGAAAAAUGCAAGCACUGUGAAUAAAUUAUGCAACACAAUCAAGACAGAGCGUGAAAAAUUACGGGCAAAUGGCAAUACACGAUGGAAAAAACAAGUUUUGCAAUUGAUGAAAAUAUUUCAAAAACAAUUUCUAAAUGGCAGAAACCGUUUAAAAGAAGAUCAGACUGAGGGCGAUUAUAUAAUCAAGUUUAUUUCUCACAUUUAUACCAUUCUGUUCGAAGAUAAAUCGUUUUUGGAAUGUAGUUGGGGUGAAUCGACCUUGCGAUAUUCCACUUUUCUAUUCAAUCGAUCGUUAAGAGAUGAUGAUCGACGAUGCUCGGGCAAUAAAAUUGAUGCGAUUCUUUCAAUGGUGGACAUGGAUUUUUUGGAGUUCUCGACCUUGGAAGUUUCAGGGCCUCCAUCAUGCCUCGAUCAUUCUCACUAUGUUGGGGAUAAGAAUAAGACCGCAAAGAUGCUCAAGAUUAUCUUGAACUACAUUAAAAUUAAAUACCCGGGUGAUUUUGAAGUGUUUAGGAGAAUAAAAGUAUAUGGUAUUCAAAUAUAUGAUCAUAAUUUUUACAUUUAUAGCAUGUGUAUGCCCUUUGCUGGUAUAUAUUACUUUAAACUGGAAAAAAAGUUUUCUUAUCCAACAAUUACACAAUUGAUAUCCACGAAGUUACCAAGGUUUGCUUCGAACUUGUGGAUAAUGCGGGAUAUGAUCAUUUCGAGUGCUAAAAGUAUACUGAUAUAUAUUGAUAAUUCUACUUCCGAAUCGAGUGAAGAGGAUUCUAAGAUUGACGAG